AUGCUGGCGGUGCUGGUGGUGUUGGGCGCGGCGCUGGGCGCGGCGCUGGCGCGGGGGCUUGGGGCGCCGGUGGCGGGGGCGCAGUGCGUGGAGCACGACUGCUUCAGCCUGCACUGGGCGCGGGGCGGCUUCGCGGGCGCCCGCCAGGGCUGCGAGAAGCGGGGCGGGCACCUCAUGACGGUGCGCUCCACCGUGGCCGCCGACGUGCUGGAGCUGCUGCUGCAGAACAGCACUGCCGCCGCCAGGCUCUGGCUCGGCCUGCACCUGCCCCGGGACUGCACCGAGCUCAGCCGGCGGCUGCGUGGCUUUCACUGGGUCACGGGCGACGCCAACACCGACUACGACAACUGGCGGCGGGACGGCCCCGUGUGUGGCCGGGCCUGUGUCGACGUGUCCCGGGACCUGCGCUGGGAGGAGCGGCGCUGCCAGGACUCCCUGGACGGCUUCCUGUGCGAGUACAACUACCCCGGCACGUGCCGGGGGCUGCCCGGCGGGGACGUGACCUACCGCACCCCCUUCGGGGCACAGGACAGUGACUUGGUGGCCCUGCCUCCGGACACCGAGGCUUGGCUCCCCGCGCUGGGCUUGGAACUGGUGUGCAAGAAGCAGGAUGGCGGGCGUUUCAGGUGGAGCACCCACCUGCCCGGGGCCUGGGCCUGCCAGGUGGAGAACGGGGGGUGCGAGGGCACGUGCCAGGAGAAGGAUGGGCAUCCGUCCUGCGCCUGCCCCGAGGGGAGGAAGCUGGAGGCGGACGACCGCAGCUGCUCGGCCCCCUGCGCCAGUGCCCCUUGCGAGCAGCUCUGCGUCCCCCACGGGGCCGACUUCAUCUGCAUGUGCCACGAGGGCUACGAGCUGACCGAGGACGGCGUCCACUGCCGAGACAUUGACGACUGUCGAGUGAACCCGCAGGUCUGCGAACAGAUAUGCAUCAACACCGAAGGGGGCUUCGAGUGCCAUUGCCACCAAGGCUAUGAGCUGGUGGAGGGGAAAUGCAAGGAUGUGAUAGACUGCUACACAGUCUUCUGCCAGCACCACUGUGAGGACGUCCCUGGGGGUUACAGAUGCAUCUGCUUCGAAGGCUAUGCCCCUCACCCUAAGGACCCUUUCAAAUGCGUCUUGUUUUGCAACGAGAGUCAAUGCCCAGCUGAAUGCGACCCCCACGUCCAGAGUAAUUGCGUGUGCCCUGACGGGUUCAUCUUGGAUGAAACUGAGACGGGUCCCAAAAUGUGUAUAGACAUCAAUGAGUGUGAAAUGCAGCAUUGUGAUGGGAUCUGCACAAAUACGCUAGGAAGCUUCAGGUGCGAUUGCCCUGAGGGGCAGGUCCUCCAUGACCCGUACACAUGUGUAAAUAGGAGUGAUUUCGAAAUAGAGAUUUCAGGGAGCGGUGAAAUUUACCUGCAAACACCAGUCCCCACCCAGCUCCCACCAGCUAAGAGCCUCCACCCUGGGGCUCUGGUUGGCAUCAUCGUGGGCACUCUGUCCAUGAUCAUCAUCCUGAUAGCCCUCAUCUACCACCUAAUGAAGAAGCAUUUCAUCGCCCAAAGAGGCAUGGACUAUAAAUGUAGCAGCAGUAUAGAAAAGGAAGUGGGACUGUAUCACGUUACCCCGGGAUGUUCCUCUGCUGGCCAGAAAUUGUAG